UGUUGUUUUUGUAAAAGAACGCAGAACAUGAAAAGAAGCUACUUACGUCAGAACGUAACUCGUCUGGUGUGCGUGUACAAAUGCAUUCUGACGUCAACCCAAACGCCAUCAGCACACGUCAUCACGUAUUUGUAACAGAUAUGAAGAAGGAAAUAACUGCCGCAGAUCUUGAUCCUGAAUUUGUUCUUGUACAAACUUUAACUAAAGGCCAGGCAUUCGGCAUACAACACACACUUAUUGAGAAUCAGCCAAGCUUGAUCCUGGUGAGCGGCGGUGCCGAGUGUGUUAUGUUGAACAAAAAAUUCUACAAGGAACAUAUAGAUCCGAAUAUGAUGCAGAACCUUAAACAACAGACAUCUCCAUUUCCGACUGACGAAGAGCUUCAAGAAAAUUUACAAAUAAGAGUAAAUUGGCUAAAAUACAAAAAGAUAACACUAGAAAAGUUAAGAAACUCUCAAAGAGAUGGAAAACCACCAAAACAAACGGUUAAAGACAGGCGACUGGUGUUCAAGUAAUGAAAUUAUAGUAUGUGGUAUGGUGUUCAGUGUAUGCAGUGAGUGUAGACAGUGAACUUCAAAAAUAAAAUCUAUUGUAAGGCUGAAUAAAUGAGAAACAAAACCCUGUGUGCAAGAAAAUGCGGUAAGAUACAAUAUGGAAUAGCAUUAUGAGAAGAAUACGGAGACAGGUCUUGGCUAGCUGUUUUAGAUAAAACAUGUAUGUGUCAACACACACUCAUUAACAAGCAUAUGGGGUACAGUACAAUAAAUCUCCGAUUAUCACUAACUUUACAUAGCUGAAUGAUCAAGGGAUUAUCCCGCACAAUACCCGCCCCUGUCGUUUUUUUAAAUAGAUUGUUACAAAGUU